AUGGCCGCCGAGAGUUUCAUGGCUAAAAAUGAAUUCGGCAAAGUGUCAGCAUUGUGCAUUUAUGUCCUUGACAACGCAGCAGAACUGCUUAUUCUUCCCAUUGCUACGCUUGUGAUAGCCAGAAUCGAUCAGAAUACCAAGAUUGAUAUCUAUGAAAUUGAACUGCCUUUUAUAACUGGUAAACGUGCUGAAGAUCUCAAUGUAGCACUUGACGAUUGGGAUCCCGAUGACCAAGCAGUGGUUGAUAUUUUGCAUGUUCUCCUUGCAAUGCGCUUUCGUUGA